AAAGCCACGUCUUUCCACCGUGUAGGAGUGGACGCAAUAAUCAUACGAUGCUGCUACUGACGAUGCGAGCGCAGUUCUAAUGGAAUGAAUGAAUUCGCUUCAGAACGGCAGCGUCCUCCAUUGCAUCAUUUCACAAAUCUCACCAGGAUAAAAUCAAUGACCGGACAAGACAAGACAUCCCACAACAGGACGCGUCUAAAAAACCGACGGAACACAGCGGAGCCGUAGAUAGGGGCUUCUCUGGACCAAUAAGGUGGCAUGGCUGGCCUGUCGUUCUGUGGCAACAAUGUGACCAAGAAUGCCUACAGUGUGGAUACGGGGAUGUUGAACAAUGGCUGCUUCGUGGACGCCCUCAACCUGGUCCCUCACGUCUUCCUGCUCUUCAUCACCUUCCCUAUCCUCUUCAUUGGCUGGGGCAGUCAGAGCUCUAAGGUUCAGAUCCACCAUAACACCUGGCUCCACUUCCCUGGACACAACCUGCGCUGGAUCCUCACAUUCACUCUGCUGUUUGUCCACGUCUGUGAGAUCGCUGAGGGAAUCGUCUCCAACAAACAGAUGGACACCAAUCACCUCCACCUCUUUAUGCCAGCGUUUAUGGGUUUCAUAGCAGCCACUACAUCUGUGGUGUACUACCACAACAUAGAAACCUCCAACUUCCCCAAACUACUGCUGGCUCUGUUUAUCUACUGGGUUCUGGCGUUCAUCACCAAGUCCAUCAAGCUGUGGAAGUUUGCAGAGUACGGCGUUGGAGUGCUGCACCUGAGGUUCUGUAUCACAGCCCUGCUGGUCGUUCUGUACGGACUCCUCAUGGCUGUAGAGAUCAACGUCAUCAGGGUCAGGAGGUACGUGUUCUUCGCCAACCCCAGAAGGUAAAGCCUCCAGAGGACCUUCAGGACCUGGGAGUGAGGUUCCUCCAGCCCUUCGUCAACCUCCUCUCCAAGGCCACAUACUGGUGGA